AAAUUCUCAUCAAAUUAAUUUCACAGUGGGGGCUGAAGCAAAGUGGUCUUGUCUUCAACUUUGAUGAGAGAAUCAUCAUUUCUACUGGUUUGAAAGAUUCAGAACCGUUUUUUUUUUUGGUUUUAAACUUUUAAUUGACUUAAUAAUACUAGAAUUAAUUUCUCCAAAUAUUAAAUUCUCAACAAACUAAUCUCACAGUGGGGGCUGACGCUAAAAUUGAACGUAGGAAUGGGCCUCAUACUACAACAUGGGCCUUACACAGAUAGCGCGUGAGUGUUGACUCCUCAAGUUUGACAUGCGCGCGCACAUAAACUAAAACUUGGAUGACGUUUUAUUUCAGUUACACUCUUUUUUCUAUUAAUUAAUUUAGUUCCAUUAAUAAAAGUGUAUACUAAGCAUACAUUAGCAUGAUCGCUAUUUUUAGAAAACGGAUUUUAAUUGUAUAUAAAUUGCAAUAAUCAUGUGUUUUCACAUGCUUAAUAUAUAGAUAAAUCCUGAGUUUCAUCAACUAUCAUAAUAUUUUCAAAAUACACAUUUCUUAUAUAUUAACCUGAUAAAAUUUAAAGAAAACAUAUUUUAAGUCUGAUUACACCAUAAAACCAACUUGUUGCAUGCAAUAAAGUUUGUUCCAUUCCUAUACAAUUCAAUUUUCACGAGAUAAAAUUUCCCUCUUUCAUUAUCUUUUUUUCUUUUUCUUUUUGUUAAAUCAGAGUUUGGUUUUCGUAAGGGGGCAUGCAUGUAGUUGUAGGAUGGUAUCAUGAUAAGAUCUAGUGAAAUAAUUGCUUAUGUUCCCUUGCCUUCAAGAAUUACUCUUACAUGGUGGAGGCCCAUAUCAGUAUUCAACUCCCAACUUCAAUAAUUUUGUUGGGCAUAUAAAUGCUUAUAAUAUUUACAUAUGAUAUUAUGUAUGUAUGUAUACGUGACGUAUUCGACCAUUCGUGAUUAGUAUAUUAUUAAUAAACGAAAUAGCAAGUGAAUGAACCGUGACCAAGAAAACUAAAAUAUCAAGUGUCUCGGGUUUAGUCAAGAUUAUCAGUUAGUUUAGUUUUCUGGUUCGAUUGGCAUUACAUUCAAACAGUAUUGUACAAACGUUUCUCAAUCAGUGAAACAUAAAGUCUAUUUAGUUAAACCUCCUAAUGUAGAAGCUGAAGUUUAAAAACAUAUCGAAAUGCGUACAAUGUUCAGCUCUUUCAGUCACAAGAUGGACUAUUAUGCAUCCGUAUUAACAACCAAAAAGAAAAAAUGAAUGUGCAAAGAUUCUCCUCUAACUUGAUGAGAUCAGCACUACUCAUGCAUAUAUUCGCUCUCAAAACUUCAUGUGCAGGCAGCCCGUAUAGAUUUUAGUUAAAUUAACAGUUCAGGAAAUAGACAAGAUCUGAACGCAUGCUACCAAUAAGGUGCAGACUCGUUAGUAAUCUUUAUAAGACAGUCCAUGUGAUCAACUCUGAAUUAAAAAACAGAAGAUUAUUAUCAGCAUUUCCAAUAUGAAAGACAAACAUUAAAACAAUUUAUAUCAAACGAAGACUAGAAGGCAGAAGAAACAAAGGAAUUUAUGGUCUUUGUCAAAGAAAAAACAAAGGAAUUUAUGGAAUUAAACACGAGAGGUAGUGUUAAAUUCAUUAAAAACUUACGUAAAUCCACUCAAGUAAAUCGAAUAACACACUCGAGUUCAAAACACAAAUGUUUUUGUUUUUUUUUUAUAUUUACCUAAUGAAAUAGUCUAAUAGUUAUUUAAUACAAUCUAAUAGUUAUUUAAUACUUAUUCUCUCAUUUAUUCGGAAGUAACAUAAUUAAACGACUUUUUCAAAAAAAACAUAAUUAAACGACCAUAUCUUAAUAUAAUGUGUAUAUAUUGGUAGAAUAUAUAUAUAUAUAUAUAUAUAGGUUGGUAAUGUUUCCAACAAACCCUAAGUACAACUUUUAACAGCAAGGAGUUUCUUUGAUUAAGAGGGACACAAAACAUUUUUGUGCGUCUCAAGACUGUUUUCACCUUUCUUUUAACUUCGUCGGAAAGGGUUUAGUUACUUUUUGUCACACAUUUUCUUAUUUUCUUAUUUUUAAAGUUUGAUAUUAGUAGCUGACUCGUACUAAUUGUUUAGGGUGUUUUAAAAAUUUCACAUAUAUUAAUCUCAGGCUUAAUAUACACGUAUCUUUCUAACUUCUUUUGAUGAAUAAUUCAUUAUAUUAAACAAUCAUAUAUCUGUCUAGUAUCUGUAAAAAACGUCUUUGUGAAUGUAUGGAACAAAAAAUCUAGACUGAGUAUAUUUUUUGAAGGAAAAAAUUAGUAAUAUAAACAUCUGAAGAGAAAAUUGUGCUCAAAUUAUUUUACCAAAAAAAAAAUAUUGUGCUCAAAUUCGACUGAAAGAAUAGAAGUACUCCAAAAAUAUUUACAUUUUCUUAAGUGAUAUCAUAUUCUUAAAUUCAUCUUUUGAAGCUAGCUAGGCUAGUUUUACCAAUAAGAAAUCAAAUGCCGAAGCAAUGAUAUAGAAUUUUAAAAUUGUUUCCCAAGGAAAAUGAUUAUUUUCCAAUUCAUAACAAUAAUUCUCUUUUGCUUUUAAAAGGACAAAAAUGAAACUAAAUAAAUACUCCUACUUCUUUCUAAAGGAUCUUGUUCAAUAAAUAUUCAUAUCGUUGGUGGAUCGGUCAGAGUUCAUUAUAUAUAAGUAAAUGUGAAAUAAUUACGUAACCAAUAAAAAGUAGACAAAAUAGAAAAAGACGUAUAGAGUAGUAGUAGUGAGAAAGUCUUAGUUUAACCCCAAAGAAGAGAAUCAUAAUUUCAACUAUAAAAACAACAUCCCGCGAGAGACUACCCAACAAAACCAAAUAAACAAGCCAUAUUAAAUCCCUAUUUUCUUCAAAAACUCUCUAAGCGAAGGAAAGAUUAACAAGAAUGGUUUCGGUCACUUCAUCAGAAGCAUCAAGGAGCCGAUCAAAGAAGGUGUGUGUGAUCGGAGCUGGACCAUCUGGCCUAGUCUCAGCGAGGGAGCUAAGAAAAGAAGGACACAAAGUGGUGGUGAUGGAGCAAAACGACGACGUAGGAGGGCAAUGGUUGUAUCAACCAAACGUAGAAGAAGAAGAUCCUUUAGGAAGAAGUAGUGUUCCUACUAAUGAUGCACUUAAGGUCCAUAGCAGCAUUUACUCUUCCUUGAGGCUAACCUCACCGAGAGAGAUAAUGGGUUAUUCAGAUUUUCCAUUUUUGGCGAAGAAAGGGAGAGAUAUGAGGAGGUUUCCAGGGCAUAAGGAGCUUUGGUUGUAUCUAAAGGACUUCAGUGAAGCUUUUGGGAUAAGAGAGAUGAUUAGGUUCAAUGUUAGGGUUGAGUUUGUAGGAGAAGAAGAAAAAACGGAAGAUGUGAGGAGAUGGAUUGUGAGGAGUAGAGAGAAACUAAGCGGUAAGGUCAUUGAAGAGAUCUUUGAUGCUGUUGUUGUUGCUACUGGUCAUUAUUCUCACCCUAGACUGCCCUCUAUAAAAGGAAUGGACUCUUGGAAAAGGAAGCAAGUUCAUAGCCAUGUUUACCGAGUGCCUGAUCCAUUUCGUAAUGAGGUUGUGGUGGUAGUUGGGAACUCAAUGAGUGGACAAGACAUAUCAAUGGAGCUUGUGGAAGUGGCAAAGGAAGUUCAUUUAAGUGCCAAGUCACUUGACAUAUCUUCUGGACUCUCCAAAGUCAUUUCCAAACACCAAAACCUUCUUCUUCACCCACAGAUUGAAUCUUUAGAAGAUGAUGGGAGAGUCAUUUUUGUGGAUGGAACUUGGGUCGUUGCUGAUACAAUUUUAUAUUGCACCGGGUACUCGUAUAAGUUUCCAUUUCUUGAGAGUAAAGGAAGAGUAGAAGUGGAUGAUGAUAGAGUGGGCCCACUCUUCGAACAUACUUUCCCUCCUUGUCUCUCCCCUUCUCUCUCCUUUGUCGGAAUUCCCAGAAAGUUAAUAGGAUUCCCAUUCUUUGAAGCACAAGCAAAGUGGAUAGCACAAGUGUUGUCUGGAAAGUCAUCUCUUCCUUCUCCCGACCAGAUGUUGCAAUCUGUAGCCGACUUUUACCGGUCUAGAGAUCUCGCCGGUGUCCCUAAACACAACACUCACGACAUUGCUGAUUUCACGUAUUGCGACAAGUAUGCGGAUUAUGUUGGGUUUCCGCAUUUGGAAGAAUGGAGAAAGCAACUUUGUUUGUCAGCUCUCACCAAUUCACAAGAAAAUCUUGAGACGUAUCGUGAUUCUUGGGAUGAUCAUGAACUCUUACAAGAAGCUCUCCAAAGCUCUCAUUUUACAAAUUUCGACUGUUGAAACUCUUCUCUUGUUAUGUGUUUUCUUCCUCUUGUUCUGUUAUGAAGAAAUAAUCUCUCUUUCUUUCUUUCUUUUUAUCUACUCUACUCUGUUCUGUUUAUGUUCUUGGUUGAUAUUUAUAUCCAUACAUUUAUACA